AUGAUGAGGUCUCAGCCCAGAGGGACGUUUUCCCUCCUCAGGGCCGUGUCUGGACCCUGGUUUGCUCCUCCCGCGUCCCGUGGGCUGUUUCUGGACCCCGCCGGCGCCGGCCUGGUGCUCCUGUCUGGGUCCACCGACGUGCACCAGAACCUGGCCCUGGAGGACUGGAUCGACGCGCACGUGGACCUGGAGCGGCGCCACCUGCUGCUGCUGUGGAGGAACCGGCCCGCCGUGGUCAUCGGCCGGCACCAGAACCCCUGGGCGGAGUGCGACCUGCGGGUCAUGCGGGCGGCGGGGGUCCCGCUGGCCCGCCGGAGGAGCGGCGGCGGAACCGUGUUCCACGACCUGGGGAACCUCAACCUCACCUUCUUCGCCUCUAAGAAAGCCUACGACCGGCAGAGGAACCUGCGGGUGGUCACCGAGGCCCUGAGGCGGCUCCGGCCGGGACUGGACGUCCGGGCCACCGACAGAUUCGACAUUUUGCUGAAUGGACGCUACAAGAUCUCAGGCACGGCGUCCAGACUCAGCCGGACGUCGUCCUACCACCACUGCACGCUGCUGCACUCCGCCGACCGCUCCGCGCUCCACGCCGUGCUCCGCCCCUCCUGUCCCGGUAUCCAUAGCAACGCCACGCCCAGCGUGCCCUCGCCCGUCGCCAACCUGGCCGACCACGCCCCCUCGCUGCAGUGGGAGGAGCUUCUGGAGGCCAUCAGGCAGCAGUUCAACACAGAGUUCGGGCUGAGCUCCGCCCUCAUCCCGGUCGACCCGACCAAUGAGAGCGAGUUCCCCGGCGUGGGCAGCAUGGCGGCCGAGCUGCGCAGCUGGGACUGGACCUUCGGCAAGACGCCCAAGUUCAGCCUGGAGACUCAGCUGGAGCUGAGGGACCAGCGGCUGGAGCUGGGGGCGGAGCUUAGGGCAGACAUGGGGGCGGAGCUUAGGGACCAGCGGCUGGAGCUGGGGGCGGGGCUUAGGACGGAGCAGGGGGAGGAGCUUAGGGACCAGCGGCUGGAGCUGGGGGCGGAGCUUCUGGAGCUGGGGGCGGAGCUUAGGGACCAGCAGCUGGAGCUGGGGGCGGGGCUUAGGGCAGAUCUGGGGGCGGGGCUUAGGGCGGCGUGCUGCUCCGCCCAGCUCCACAUGGAGGUGAAGGGCGGGCGGGUGGAGGCCUGCCAGCUCCAGGUGCCCCCCGAUUGGCUCCCCCCGGGGCUGAUUUUCCAGCUGAGCCAGGGCCUGGUGGGGGGGCGGUUCUGUCCCCAGGACGCCGCCGCCACCGCCGCCGCCCUGCUGCGAGUCGAGAGCGGACGCCUCCACGGACGCCUGCUGCAGCUGAGCGAGGCCGUGCUGGCCGCCAUGGGCUGA